AUGUCAUUUGAUCUCGAUACGUCCAACAGUCUCAUGUCGUUAGUCUAUCCCAGCAUCCCGAUCGACGGGGAGUUGACUGGCAGUCAUGCCAGUGAAGAUGGGAAUCAUGACACUCAGAAGGAAUCUCCCUCUGUCAAGGACCCCAAAACCUACAAGGAGAUCAUGGCUUCGGUUUUGGACGCUUUCACUGACCAAGUGCCAGGGGCAUGUAUUGCACUUGAUCAGAGAAUUCCAGAAGGAGAGAUCUCUUUGAAGCCUCACCAAAAUAGGGAAGAAUCAAUGACUAGAGAAGUAAACAUGUCAAAUCCAAGCCUAUUGGAGGAACAGGACAUAAAGGAUGAAACUAAGAAGAACUCUCUUCUGUGGGAGAUAGCAGACCGUAAGGAUGGCCAGUUUGUCAUGAUAAAAUCGUUGAUUGCAGAGCAAUUUACUGCUUGGUCAAUAUUCAUCCAAGCUCUUACAAGAACCAAUGGACAUCCUAAUGACUCCAUGUCUCGAUGGGAAAAGUCUAUAGCUGAUUACAUCCUCUUUUCAAAUUAUCAAUCCCAUCAAGGCCACGAUUCUUGUAACGGAUGUACGCGUGAACGUACUUUACUCCAACCUUUCGAAACCCUUGUAAAUGAAGCUUCUAAAGUGAACAACGACUUGUCGGAUGGUCUGUGUGAUUCACAGUUGUUUGCGUACAGAGAUGCCGUGAAAAGCGCUGAGUGGUCAGCUUAUUUGGGACGUAGGCAACUCACUUUGAGCCAUGAGAUCAACAAGAAUAUCUCUUCUUUGGCUGAGAAGGGUUUGGACAACUAG